ACUCCAGGGUCGCCGCACAGCGAGGGGACGGCGAAGCGAGGGGAAGCAUCAGCACGGCAUCGCCAUUGGGUGAGGCGCGAGAGGCGGCGAGCCAUGGAGGAGGGCCUGGUGUCUGUGGACAGAUUCUGCGCUGGCAGCCAGGCCUACUUCCUCACGCACCUCCACCAGGACCACACCCGCGGCCUCGCCUCGGCGGGCGGGUGGCGCCACGGCCCGCUCUACUGCUCCCCGAUCACGGCGCGCCUCCUCCCCUCCCGCUUCCCCGGGAUCGACGCCUCCCACCUCCGCCCGCUCGCCCCCGGCGCCUCCGCCUCACUCUCCCUCUCCUCCCUCACCUCUGGCCGACCCCUAUCCCUCCGCGUCACCGCCAUCCCCGCCCUCCACUGCCCAGGCUCGCUCAUGUACCUCUUCCGCGGGGACCUCGGGUGCAUGCUCUACACGGGGGACUUCCGGUGGGAGCUCGGGUGCGACAGGGCGCGGCGGGCGAAGCAGGCGCUUCUCGACGCGCUCGGUGGGGACACUGUCGAUUUGCUCUAUCUGGACAACACCUACUGCCAUCCGUCGCUCAACUUCCCUCCGCGCCCCGUCGUCGCUGAGCAGAUUGUUAAUAUCAUUCGGGCACAUCCUGAUCAUGAAGUUAUCAUUGGUGUUGACACUCUUGGGAAAGAGGACCUGUUGCUACACAUAUCUAGAGCACUACAAACAAAGAUUUGGGUCUGGCCCCAGCGCCUACUGACAAUACACCUUCUAGGGAUUGAUGAAAACCACGAGAUCUUUACCACGCAGACCAGUUUGACCAGGAUCCGUGCUGUUCCAAGAUACAGUGUCACUAUUGAGAGUCUUGAAGCUUUGAACACGGUGUGUCCCACCAUAGGGAUCAUACCUUCUGGUAUUCCUUGGCUUUGGAAGAGCGGGGAAGGAAAGGGCAAGCCCAAGGGUAGAUCACCAGCAAAGUCUGUUAGGUGCAAAGGGCGAGAUGAAGGCCUAAUAGAAAUGGACUUUGAUCCCUUGUCACCACCAAAGCUGUUUGACAAGGAUUCUUACACCUUGCCAUAUUCCGAGCAUGCUUGUUUUUCCGAGUUGGAGGACUUUAUGCAGACGGUGCGGCCAUCAACAGUCAUAGGAAUUGUCAGCACAUCAUUCUGCUAUGUGAAUCCUCGUCACCACUUCAGACAUCUUUGUUCAGAUAAUGAUGACGGGACUCCCACAAAGAACAAGGGCAGAGAUACUGAUAACUUAACACCAAAGAGAAAGCAGAAUGGUUCGGCGACUCCUGAAGAAAGGAAGGUCAGGAUCUCCAGUUCAAGUCUGUAUAGAAGCAAAGUUAAAAGGAAGAGGAAGGAGGGCUGUGGUGCAAGGAUCGAUGACACUGAAGAACUCAUUGGUAUCGCCUGAGUUCUCUCUCCCCAAGUAAUAUUAUGCUCUCCUGUGUAAAGAUUAACAACUGAAUGGUGGAAGGCUUGACGCAGUGAGAUGGGACGUGCUGUUCAAAGUCCAAACUGAAGUUUGCUGGUCUGGAAUCUGAAUGCGGUCGCUCCAUCUGUUCCUUAGAACCUUGUUUUGCUAGCAUGAUGCAUUUCAUACCCGUAUGCUGUCCAAUAGGUGUGCGUGAGCGCCCCCCCCCCCCCCCUAAAGAAACAAAACAAAAUCUGUGUUCUCUGGGUGCUCUCAUCCACCUUCUUAAUAUAUUGACACGCAGAUCUCUUGCGUGUUUGAGGAAAAAAAUGCUGUCCAAUAGGUGGAUUGCUGAAAGCUCGCAUGCUUGUUAGUUGCUACUGAUAGUUUUCGUUAUUCAUGCUGUAUAUAUGCGCCAUUGAAAGCAAGUGGAACCUGUAAACAAACUGUAAAUUUGGAGUUC